ACCGAACACGGUAGACCAGUUGUGAGAUCAUUCGAGGUGCGUGGCCGCUCGAUUUGCGCGAUUUGAAUAAAAUGCAUGAGAGGGAGAAAAAGACACCGACUUAUCUCUCAACAUAGAUUUUCCAGACGCGCGUAUCCGCGUUUUCUGCGGAUUUCACCCGCAGAUGUGCCUCCCGGACGGGGACACACGCUUUCUCAGCGGUGUUAAUUGUACUCCUUCGUGUCUCCACUGCUCCGAGUACUUCCUCGAAUCCCAGUGUGGCAUGCGGACGGAUUACUGAAACGGGGUGGUGCACGCGAUCUGUAAAUUUGCAUGGACAACCCCGUGCUGAUUGGAUACGUUUUGAAGAGCGGGAUUUUUUCGGAACGAUGACCGAUGAUACUGCGAGAUUUAUGAUACGAGAUGUAACGUCUAGUCGUCGCAAUUGAGUCCGUGCGUCGAACCAGAACAUCUAUUCUCGGUGAAAAAAAUAAUAACUGCGAAUUAUCGAGAUGAGUGGAAUGAAGAAGGCGAUCGGAGGAUCCAUUCACAGAAUACGGGAGUUCGAGCUCGAGAAGGUGAACCUGAUCGACGAGUUCGACAUCCUGCAGAUCGUCGGCGAGGGAUGGUUCGGCAAAAUCCUGCUGACCGAGCAUCGCAGUACGCAGACCGAGAUGGUGCUGAAGGCCCUGCCGAAGGCGUAUACCGGCAUCUCGGAUUUCUUUCGGGAAUUUCAUUAUGGGUUACAUCUGUCGGCACACAGAAAUAUUAUAACCACCUAUGACGUGGCGUUCGAGACGGCCGGCUUCUACGUUUUCAGUCAGGAAUACGCCCCACUCGGCGAUCUCACGUCGAACGUGACGGAAACAGGGUUGGGCGAGCUGCACGCGAAGAGGGUGGCCAGGCAGCUCGCUGCCGCGGUGCAUCACAUACACAGCCGUGAACUAGUGCAUCGUGAUAUCAAACUCGACAAUAUACUCGUGUUUCGUAGUGAUUUUUCGCGUAUCAAGCUGUGCGAUUUCGGCGAGACUAGACGGGUUAACACCGUCGUACGAAGACAUAACGAAUGGUUGCCAUAUUCGCCGCCUGAGGUAUUGCAGAUCUACACCGAUGAGACGUACAAAGCUCGCACGUCGCACGACGUCUGGCAAUUCGGUAUUGUCCUAUUUGUCUGCCUGACCGGAUGCCUGCCAUGGCAGAAAGCAGCGAUGGACGACCCGCGCUACACCAGAUAUCAAAACUGGCACAACGCGACGCUUAACAUCGCCAAGAAACCGAAAUUAUUUCAGCUGAUCAGCUCACGGGCGCAGAGAAUGUUCAAGAGGCUAUUGGACCCGAAGAUUGACAAGCGACCAGUCAGCGUGUUGGAAGUAAAUAAAUAUUUAGAAGACAGAUGGCUAGCGAAACUCGGGGUCGAAAAAGCGUUGAACGGCGGCGCCGACGAGAGGGACGAGCUAUGUCCGUCUAUGUACAGCUUCCACAGUUCCUUAGAGGAGAAGAAUCAACUUCUCCACACACUUACGACGUACGGGAUCGAGACAACGGUGGAUCAUUCGAAGAAGAAGGAUCGUAUCAGGGAAUGGAUACAAGCUAGCGCUAUUGUCGAGGAAAACGAGGAGGACGAGUCUGAUGUUUACGAGGACUCGGAGUUCUGUGAAGAUGAAGACAAGGACGGGAACGGAAGCGAGGAGACAGAAUCGAUCUCCAUGAAAGGCAGGCAUUUUCCGGAGAGACGUCCAAGCGCCACGACGAAUAAUUCUAGAAAGAGAAGAGACAGUAGGGUCGCAAAGAAUCGCAUCGCGUCGAAAAACAGAGUGCCUGUAAAGCCCAUCGAAAGGAAAAUACCUUUCGCUCCUCAAGUAGCUGAAGAGCGAGAAACGAUCGCGCGCUUCGCCAGUUUCCCCAACGGUGAUCCAAAUCUCGCCGCCGUAAGGAACGGCGGUGAUCAGACUCACGAUCUUUCCGCAACCUCGGUGAACGUCCUCGCAUCGCCGACAACGAAUAAUUUCUCCGCGAGCAAUCUUCAAUCGUCCAUGCCUAGUAAUGCCAACGGUCGAAACGUCAAAGAUCAGGUGAGGACCAACGCUAACAACCCUCGAGAUGAAUCGCCACUUUCCGUGCAGCUAAUCGCUGCUGUCCCCGUCAAACAAUCGCCGCCUAAAACUACGGGUAUCCCGGAUAGCGCUGGUAGAGUUGUACCGAUGAGCCCGCAAAUCCCGGUCAGAAAAAAUCGCGCUCAUACAGCGCCGUUUUCAGAGACGCGCUCGGCUGAGGCUCAGGUCGAUUUGGCGAGAAAGACGCAGUCCGCGACAGUUUUACGGACAUCGGAAACGGAGGACUCGUUAUCACCACGUGCGUCAGCAAAGACGUCCGUCUCUUCACAUUCGAUGACAACUCGAGCGGAUAAUCCUUCCAUUGCUAUAUUAUCGACUUCGCGAGCGGCAAGAUCAAUCGCUUCACCGGUUGUGCGAACUGAUAAAACAGUGCCUACGGCGCCGAUAAUAAGCAACGCAUCUCUAGCCGAGCCCCAGCCUCCUAAUAGCGCUCUCCCUGGCCAAAUCGAAGGCUCGCCUCCAAUCGCGACGCAAAUCACAACGUCGACCACUUCUCACUUGGUGAUGCAGAGUUUCAACGCGCUGCAAGGUAUCGCGGGCGCAUCCUCGACCGCUUCGCCGGCGAGCUCGUCGUCGAACAUGGGCAAACCCGGUCAACGGGCCGAAGAAGUAAACGUGGCUUACGGAAAAGAUGCGUAUCAACACUAUGGCAUCGCCCAGGGAAUCAUACUACCGAUAAAAAUGAACGUCCUUAGGCAAGAUUCUACUGGCAGCGGGAGUCGAUCCGUGAGCAACUGAGAUAUAAACCGAAGAAUGUACCAGAUUUUUCUUGAGGUCGACGAAAGUUGGAUAUUCGCGCAAGUCAUGCUAGUCACAGAACCAAUUGAUUACUGUGUGUAGCAGGUCUGUUCAAAACUUAACUUACAAGCUAAAAGGCUAGAGUAUACAGAUGUAUAAAGCAUAAAAGAAUUAUCAACCAAUCAGAGUUUUUUAUUAUUUUACAUGAAAUGAAAUGGAGGACUAAUUGAACUCUAAAUGCUUUCUACAAUAAACCGUUAAUAAUAGGUUAGAAGGAGCAGAAGCGAGUUUAAGCAAAUCAGUUGUGUGUCAUAAAGCAAUAAUAAGUCAGUGACUGCGUGAAGAUGGUCAAAUUCCAUUUCCUAUGAUUUAAAACUUAGAUUAUGUUAUAACUGACCAAUCAUAUAGAGUAUUGUUAUUUUCUCUGAAAACUAUCGUCCUUCUGAUUAACUGAAAUAUUGUGAUAUAACGAUUUAAUAUGAUUUAUGCUGGAUAUAAAUUUUCUAAGAUUUAUGAUGACUUAUAAUUCUGAUUUACCACUAUGAUAUGAAUGGUAACUAAGACUACUAACGUUUAUUGUAGAAAAUCUAUUUUGUUUUAAAUUUAUUUUAAAGUUGACGCUUUAGAUUGAUUGCCGCAACAAGCUUGUAAUCGAUUUGUGAGUAAUAUAGAACCAGGGUUAUGCGUCAGCUCGGAUAUACAAUAGAUGUAGCUUCGUAAGAAAUUGACAAAUUAUAGUCGAUUAUUCUCCUUACAUUAGACUGUAAUUGGUUAAUUUCUUAUGGUUUAAGACUUACUAUACUUAUUGUAGAUCUGAGCUUAUGUAAAGGUCUAUGCUCAGGCCUAAACGUUCUUAUUUCUCUGUUUCGUUGAGGAUAACAGGUAAAAAGCAAAAAAGGAUACUCAUUAGAACAGCCAGGCUCACUGGGCAAAAAUCUAGCGUCUAUUCUUUUUGUUUUCUCUUUGUCUCGUUUAACGAGAUGAGAGACGAUGCAAAGAGAUAACAGUGUUAGUUCGCGAGCUAAGUUUUGAACAGAUCUGAUUUAUAUACUUGAAGAUACAUAUUUGAUUGGAACAUCACUUAUGUGAGAUUUACCUGAGAUUCCUGUAAAUUAAAAGAAAGUACUCAUGAAAGUAUUCGAAGUAGGAAACACCCAUAUUUGCCGUUGGUGCAAUAUUUUUCAUAAUAUAUAUAAUAAUUGAUAUUGUUGAUAUUGCUUCACAAUCAAAGAUUGUCGAGCGUUCCUUCAGAAAGUAUAUGUUGAUAUAAGACAUCACGAUGUUCGAUGUAUAGGAAGUAAGGCUAUCGCGAAAGUAACGUUAUGAUAGAACGCUGGAUGGAACACGUUACGUAUAUUAUACUUCAUUAGUUUCAAGAGACACUUAUAUCGCCACGUGUCGCUCGCUUCACCAAGUCUAACGGGAUAAAAUUAGCGCGGCGUCUCGAAAGAGAGUUGCACCGUGCAAGAAUGUUCGAGGCCAUUAGCGUCCCACCGUGGGAAACAGUGAAAUUUUUAUUGUCCAAACGUGACGCGAGUUCUACGCGCUUUUUGUUAACAUCUCCACUUUUUGAUUACAAAUUUCUAUUGGUAUAAUGAUUAUUUGAAUGCAGUGUGCAGAGAAAAAUGUAGUCGCGAAAUGUGAGUUAAUUAGAUAUUUAUACAUGCUUUUGUGAUAUUAGAGAUCAUGAUUAGAACAUGAAACAUCCCAGUAAUGUUGCAACAGCUGCAAUAUUGCUGAAAUGUUCCAUGCUACCAUAGAUCUAUUAUUUGGCUAAUGUAAAUGUAAUCAAUUUUGAGGGGUACGAAAUGCAAGAAAAUGUAAAAUUUAUAUUACAUAAUUUGUAUAUUAAUAUUUUAAAGACACAUUACUUUUGAGAGAAAUAAUAUUGUUCUGAUACUUUAUUUUCCUUAUAAAAGGUUAAUAUCUCAUACGCUUAAUAUGUGAUAUUAACCGCUCUACAGUAUGAUUAUAAAUUUAUUUUAAAGUCAUAAUUUACACAAUCAAUUAUAGCUUGUGCAGAAUAUAAUUGGUACUAUCUUUUGUUCACGAUUAUUUUAAAGUUGCAAAAGCGGUCGCGAUAGCCAAUUAGAAGUGUCAAUAGUCGAUGUUAUGACCGUUUGUGUGAUUUCGAAAUGAGUUUACGACUGUAGACUACGCUUAAGUGAUAAAUUACUGCAAUUUCGCUCGACAUUGAUUUGCGGACACUGUUCAAAAAUAACAGAAAUAAACGUAACGUUUUUGCAGAGUCGCGACAUUUGGUUAAAUCGCGUAUAUGAUACUAUUUCAGACACACGCUUUCACUACCAGUACGCAAACAUAUUGAAUAACGGAUUGUCCAUGCCAGUUAUGUCAUAUGGUUUAUUUUUAUAGAAAUAUAUUACUUUCCACAUCAUUUUUGAAGCAAGACAUCUAAUAAAAACAAGAAUGCGAUAAAUUUAACAUAGCGUAUUAAAAAUAUUUUACACAAAGUGCAAAAUCGAUCUUUUAUUACUGACACUACGAUAUUAUGAUACUACGACGAUAUUACGAUGACGUGCGACUGUUUUUGUAACUUUUUAAAAUAAAUUUGCGACUGCCUUAUUGUAGAUUACGCUUAAUGAUAAACCAUUGCAAUUUUGCUCGACGUGAUUUGCUGCGGGCAUUGUUCGAAAAUAACAGAAAUAAACGUAACGUUUUUGCAGAGA